AUGGGAAGCAGCAGAAAGGGCAGGCGAGCAGUUGAGCAGGAGAGCGAGGAGAGACGAGGAGCAGCUGGGAUAAAACCGGAUGAAAAUACAAUUCCACAAAAUGAUAGAAGUAGAGAGGAGGAGAAGGAUGGAUGGGAGGGAGGACCCGCGUACACAGUGACACAAGUUUGUCUAAAGUCUCGCUCUGACCGUGCAUUGAAUCAUUAUGUUCUGCAGAUUCUUAUUCAAUCCACCCACUUCAUCCCAUUCGGGGGCAAAUCGGUGGCGGUGCCGGCAGCAGCUGACGGCGGUGAUGGGGGCUGCUGUUGUGACGUCGUCGAUGACGGGAGAGGUGGAGGUGGAGAGGCUUCGGUGGCGGAGGGAGAGAGGGUGUGCAGGUGGAGGGAGCGCGCUUUCCCCGUGGGAUGCGGCGACGGCGGCGGCGGAGGCGGGGCAGCUGGUGGUGGAGGCGCGGGGCAGGCGACCACGGCCACUAUAAAGAGCCCGCAGCCCAGUGACAGCCACAGUCUCAUCUCCGCCUUUCCGUCCUCUCCGUCGGAACCUCACCCGCCACCAUGGGACGGACCCAUUGAACAAAAACAAUAUUUACGGUGGGAUGCACGUCCAAUGGACAUUAGAACUUCCCACGGAUAUUCCACUAGCUGUACAGCCUAUCACUUUCACGGCGUGCACGGCAAACGUGUUUACGUUGGGAGUCUCCUUAAGCAGCUCUUGUUCCGAGAGCAGCCUCGACCGGUUGGCCGACAUCCCGUUUUGUUUCCUCUUCACCGGAGGAAGGCUGCUGCAACGGCGGCGGCGGCCGGCGCGGUGACCAGCUGCUCUCAGAAGAUAAACUCGUGGAAACUGCUCGUUCUGAGUGCUGCAGUACUUUUGACACCGUCUACAGCAGAACCUCCAUCUAGCGGUUACCAUUACAGCAGUGGUGGUGGCGGCGGAUUCAAGGGCAUAGGAGGUGGCGGCGGAGGCGGCUACAGCUACAAGGGUAGUUCCUUCGGCGGAGGCGGAGGCGGCGGCUACAGCAGUGGAGGCGGCGGUUACAGUGGAGGAGGAGGCGGCUACAGCUCAGGAUUCAAGGGAAUCAGUGGCAGUAGCUUCGGCGGCGGUGGCUACGGAGGAGGAGGAGGAAAAGGAGGAUUUGGAGGUAGUAGCUUCAGCAGUGGUGGUCAUGGCGGAGGUGGCUACAGCGGCGGCGGUGGUGGCCUCUAUAGUGGAGGCACCGGCUACGGUAGCGGUGGAUUCGGAGGCGGUCAUGGAGGAAGCAGCUACAGCAGCGGCGGAUUGGGAGGAGGUUACAGCAGCGGAGGAUUCGGAGGUGGCCAUGGAGGAAGCAGCUACAGCAGCGGAGGAUUGGGAGGCGGUUACAGCGGCGGAGGAUUCGGAGGUGGCCAUGGAGGAAGCAGCUACAGCAGCGGAGGAUUCGGAGGUGGUCAUGGAGGAAGCAGCUACAGCAGCGGAGGACUUGGAGGUGGUCACGGCAGCGGUGGCUACAGCAGCGGAGGAUUCGGAGGUGGACACGGUGGAAGCAGCUACAGCAGUGGAGGACUGGGAGGCGGCUACAGCAGUGGAGGACUGGGAGGCAGCUACAGCAGCGGUGGUCAUGGAGGAAGCAGCUAUAGCAGCGGUGGACUCGGAAGCAGCUACAGCAGCGGAGGGCUAGGAGGUGGCUACAGCAGCGGAGGAUUCGGUGGUGGCCACGGAGGUGGCAGCGGAGGUUACAGUGGCGGCGGCGGCGGAUACAGCAGCGGUGGUCAUGGUGGCAGUGGAGGAAGCGGCUACAGCUACAGCAGUCUCGGCGGUGGCCAUGGAGGAGGCGGCGGCGGUUUGGGCGGAUACAGCGGAGGUGGCGGCUAUAGCAGCGGUGGGUUGGGAGGACAUGGGGGAAGCAGCUACAGCGGCGGAGGUCUAGGAGGGUACAGUGGCGGAGGCGGUGGCUACAGUAGCGGAAGCGGUGGUAGUGUUCGUCCACAGAUAGAUCAUACGGUGCUGUCUUGA